CGCGAGGCACAGACAACUACAAAGAAUAUAGGCAACAAAACAUAGGGUUUCUUUUGGAUUUACACUCAACAGCUUUGAGCCCCAGGGUGGUGACAUCAAGGAUUAUUCUGAAGAAUUAUAGAGAGAGCUGUUGCCAGCGAUGCGGGACUCUGUCUUCAACUGCUGUUUUAACCCACCGCAUCCUCCAGGUGUAGUGGAAGAGCCCCACUUGCACAGCAACAGAGCACAGGCUUUGCCCCCACAUGACCGGCGCUUUCUUAUAUUUUUUGAUUUUGAUGAGACGCUUGUGGACGAGUGCAGCGAUGAUGCCAUGGUUACAGUGGCCCCCGGUGGUUCUCUGCCCUCCUGGCUCAAAGACACAUACCGUCCAGGCAGGUACAAUGAGUACAUGCAUCGAGUCUUGACCUACAUUGCUGAGCAGGGAGUUACUCCAUCAACUAUCCGUAACACUAUAGAGUGUCUUCCACCAUGCCCAGGCAUCCCUGCCCUGCUGCGUUUCCUGAAGUCAUGCCCACCAAAGGACUUUGAGGUAAUUUGUGUGUCAGAUGCCAACACGGUUUUCAUCGAAACAUGGCUGCAGAACCAUGGCUUUCGCUCGCUCUUCAUGCGAAUCUUCACUAACCCAGCCCAUUUUGAUGAGAAUGGACAACUUCAGCUCCGCCCCUUCCACUCCCAUGACUGCCUGAGGUGUCCAGAGAACAUGUGCAAGGCAGAAAUUGUUCGCCGAUACACAGCUCAGAGGGUGCACGAAAGAGGAGGCAGGAAAUAUCAAAGGGUGCUGUACGUCGGUGACGGUGCAAACGACUUCUGCCCGUCGCUGACACUGGCACCUGGUGAUGUGGCAUUUCCUCGACGUGACUUCCCCAUGCACAGGCUGAUCCAGGAGAAGCACGAGGCCAAUCCUGGAGAGUUCAAAGCCACUGUAGUACCUUGGAGCACUGGAGAGGAUAUCAUUAACAAGCUCAGGAAAGUCAUAGAUGAAAGGGUUUAAAACAUGACUGAAACACAAACAGGAAUCUAAAUAAAUACUUAUUCCCAAUUACUUUUAAUAAUCAUGAUACACAAAGACACACCAACAACAAGAUGAGGCAUUAGUGGAAGCUGCUGUUACACUUGCCCAAAGCUAAGUUUGUCUUUUCAUUUUCA